AUGGAAGGAUAUAAACCUAGAGUGAAGAUUACUAAGGUCAUCUGGAAACCACCCCAUAGAGACUGGAUAAUAUGUAAUACAGAUGGUGCAUCUAGGGGCAAUCCAAGCAGAGGGUUAUAUGGUUUCUGUGCUAGAAAUGAAGAGAGAGAUAUUGUUCAAGCUCAAGUAGAGGAAUUAGGACACAUCACUAAUAUAGAAGCAGAAGCAAUAGCAAUAUGGGAGGCACUAAAGUGGUGUGAAAUGACUCAGAGGAGGCAAAUCAUUAUCCAAACAGACUCAUUAAUUUUGCAAAAGAUCUUAAAUGACAAGUGGAAGCCACCUUGGAGCAUAGUGGAGUACAUUGAAAGGAUAAAACAGCUAGUAGAGGACAAGUAA